AUGGCCCCGAGAUCGACCUGGACCCGAUUGAUCCGCUUCGUUGCUGAAGACGAUGGACAAACACAUCUUGGUGAAGUAGAUGCAGCCCAAUACCCAGACAUUGGCCUCUCGGUGGUGAAUGGAGAGCGAGUCGCUGUGCGACAGGUCACAGGGUCUAUCUUCGAUGGAAUCGUGACAGAAAAGACCUUGCAUGUUGCGCGACUCCUGGCCCCGAUCGAUAUGGAAGACGUCCCUCUCAUCCGAUGCAUGGGUCUUAACUACCGAGACCACGCAAAAGAAGCCAAUAUGCCCAUUCCCGACGUGCCAGUACUAUUCAUUAAACCCCGAACUGCGCUGAACGGUCCCCACCCAGCCAUGAUUAACGUGCCCAUGAUAGCCCAGGAUGGCUCGAGCGACUAUGAGGCCGAGCUGUCCGUGAUCCUGUCCAGGACAGGCCGCGACAUUCCCGAGUGCGAUGCCAUGGAUUACGUGCUGGGCUACACGUGCGGCAACGAUGUGAGCGCUCGUACGCAGCAGUUUAAGAAUAGCCAAUGGAGCUUCUCCAAAGGGCUCGAUGGCUCGUGUCCGCUGGGGCCCGUUUUGGUGGCUCCCUCUGAACUCGACCCGCACCAGCUCGAUAUCAAGGCCAUUCACAAUGGUGCGGUGGUGCAGGACUCCAACACAAGAGAGAUGAUAUUCGACAUCCCUAAGAUAAUCGCGUUCCUGUCACAGGGCACUACCCUAGAGCGCGGGACGGUGAUCAUGACGGGGACAGGGCCAGGAAUUGGGGCAAUGCGUGAUCCCAAGGUCGUGCUGAGAGAUGGCGACGAUAUGCGGGUUCAAAUCCAGGGAAUCGGCACGCUCUGUAACCGGGUUUACUAUGAAUAG